GACGAGGCUCGACAAGGGCGACAGGUGGACUUGAUGUGUAUUCCUGAGACGUCGUGGCGUGAGGAAAUGGAGUUCACGACCCGUGCGCUGGAUGGGUCAGGUCCUCAAUACCAUGCUAUCCACACGGGCAACAAAGAGAAGGCAGGGCUGCUUUGCCUUAUCAGGCAAGGGCUGGUGGCUCCUGAUCGUCUACGUUUUACCGUCCUCCAGCAUGGCCGUCUCCUUCAUGUCAGGCUCUUGUUUGAGGUGCCGUUAGAUGUUCUAUGUGUGUACCAGAUAGCAUGGAACAUGGGGAAGCAGAGUCUUGAGGCCUCGAAAAGAGCUGAGCAACUGGUGCAGCAACGAGCCAAAGUUUGGGAGCAGAUCUCCCAGUGGGUUCAUCAGAUACCACUGCGAAAUGGCCUAAUGCUGUUGGGUGACUUCAAUACCCCGGCAAGAACCGAAAUACCUUGGGUUGGCCCAGGCCUUAUGCGAGCUGCUGAUCCUCCUCAGCAAGACAGGGACGCCUUCCAGGCAAUCUUGAAACAAGCCGAUGGCAGGAUCCUCAACUCUUGGUCCCAGUCGGGUUGUCCGGCGAGAACCUUUUUGCCGCCAACGGCUGGACCGCGUACCCUAGGUACUCAGAUCGACUUCAUCAUUGUCCGAGCUGAACUGUGUGAUCCCCAGGCCAGGCUAGCUCGGGCCUUUGAUGCGCCUUUUGUGCCUGGCUGCCGCCACAGACCGGUGACAGCCACGGUGCCGAUGCCGAAGCUUCCCAAGCACGGCCCUCACAGGAUAGCACGGACAGUGCCAUCCCGGGCACAGAAGCUCAUGGCCGAUGAUCAGGUGUGUAGCCGAAUGCGGCAGCAUGUCACUGGCUUGGAGCAGCUACCGAAUGAUCCGAUGCCUGAUCUUGACAGAGAGCUUAUGCAAGGCUGGAGCCACGUCACCCAGCAACAUCGCUCUGCUGGGAAAGCCGAAAACCUCAGACUACAUGACGAAGGUGACCUUGCUACAUCUCAGCUUGUCAGGCGAAUGUGGCUUCUCCGUGCCAAUUCCCGGGCAGGGCCAGCAUGGUCAACUCUCGAGGCACUCCGGCCACUCUGGCAGAAGUCUGGAUUGGUUGGCGCCAAAUGUCCCGGCUCCAGGCAGCUCAAAGGGAACUUCGCAAACGAGGCCGGAAGCAAAGACUCCAGAUCAAGACGAGCUCCGGUGCCCUACACUGAGUUUCAUGACAUCCUACAGCACUUUGAGACUCUUUACCAUGGCCCGACACAGGAGGCGGAUACCCUGAGCAAGGACAUCGACAUCACUCAGGCCGAGGUAUGGGAGGCCGUCAAGCGCAUGUCACCUGGAAAGGCCAUGCCGUCUGGGUCUGCCCCUGCUGUGGUAUGGAAGGCACUCAGCGAGAACCUGGCUCCCUUGAUACAGUGCAGCCUGGCCUUCUCAGACGAGGCGUUGGAAAGAGUGGCCAGUCACUGCGCUUCAGUUCGCUCCCUCUUGGCCAGACAGGGCAACUCCCUCUACGCCAAGUGCGAAGGAGGCAAACAGCUCGCAGGACGCUGGUGUCCCCUGGAGCUGCGCGAGCUCGUCAUGGCUAUCCACAAUCAGGCUCAGAUCCAAAUCAAUCACUGUGGUCUGCAAGGUGUCGCCCACUUACGCACAGGCCUGCGGCAGGGCUGCUCCUUGUCGCCCAUCCUGUGGGCCUUGGUGGCUGGCUGGAUUCUCAAAGGCAUGCAGCAGGAAUGGAACGAUCUCCCCCUUGCCAACACCACCUUUGCAGAUGACUUCCUGUUCAAGUGGCUAAUUUCCUCGGGUCGGGAGCUUGAGGAUGCAUACAGGAAAAUCCGAGAGGUACUCACCACCCUGUCCCGACAUGGCCUUCAGGUCA